AUGGACGUCGCUCUGGAAGAUGUUAAUUUUCUCCUGUCCGACCUUGAUCUUGGCGUGGUCGGGCAUCAGGAUGGCGAGGACAACUUAAAAAAAUCCUCCGUCGUGGUAACAGAGCAAGUACGGGCUCUCGAGGCAGCUUUAGCUCGGCAGCAGGAUGGCCGGCCGGAAGAGGCGGAUGAUACUGGGGGCGGAGCGGGGAUCGUGAAUGUUGCGAUAGCACGCGGUAUGCCGAGACCAGACGGAAACACCGAUGAUUCAACGUCAAGGGCUGAGGCACUGAACUUCAUGCGCUCCGAACUUCAGCUCCUGUGCAUAGAAGCGCAUCGGAGACGUAAAGAGAGCAAGCCCCUGCUCGACGGACUGGAACUGACGGCCGCACAGAAGCAGACGGUGGACAGAGUUCACGCGGCCAUCGCCGCGGACUUCGCCCUCCGACGGCUCAUGCUGCUAAGGCGCUGUGACGUGACCGUGCGGUCCUUCCUGCGUGACAGCAUCAGCGGCGGCAGCGGUGUCGGAGAAAGAAAGCACGGUGGAGAGAGCGCAGGGGGGAAGGGGGGACAAGGAGAGGCAGGAGGAGCUGCGGAUAGUGGUGGUGGUGGCGACGAAGAGAAGUUUGCCGACCUUCCGCCCGCCUUGAGAACAAAGCGACAGGCGCUCUUGGACAAGCCUCGGGAAAUCACGGUAGAUGACGCGCUGAUCGCUCCGACUUCGGUGGCUCGGCAGCAUACCCACAAGACAGCAGAAGAAUACGACGGCGACGGUGGCGGCCACGGCGAGCAUUCCACGAAGACAAAGAAGGCUGUCUUACCAACCGCCGACAUCGCCGAGGUUUCUGAUCGUGGCGGGCGCGUGAGCGAUGCCCGCGGCGGGCCGGUCUGGAAGACCCGUAAGGAAUUCGACAAAGCUGCCGCUGCUGCUGCUUUCUCAGGGAAAAGGGGUGGCGGUCGUGGCGGCGGGCGCGGCAGCGGUGGCAAGCGAGGCGAGAAAAAAGGAGGCGGCGGCGGUGGAAGAGGUGCGGGCGAGGAGCAAGGGAAAAAGGAGCGUGGUAACCGUCGUGGCGGUGGCGGUGGUGGUGGCGGCGGGGGGGGUGGGGGUGGGGGUGGGGGAGGGGGAGGGGGAGGGGGAGGGAGAGGUGGUGGUGAAGAGCGGGGUGGAGGGAACAAGAGGAAGUGGGGAGGGCGUGGAGACCGGGCACCGGGUCAGCGCAGAUAA